CACGAUCUCAGCGUGAGUUUGUUGCGGUGGCUUCGGCUCGUUGCUUGAUUGUUCUUCUUCAUUGGCUCACACUGGAUUAGAGAUCACCUCGCCGAGUUUUGUCGGCAGGGAGGAGUCGCGUGGCGUCUGCUACACACACGGACAUCUCGACUUCACAAACACCUUCCCCGCUCUUCUAGGACUAAUAAGGACAAAAGGACGGAGGAGUUCCACCGUGGGAAUGACGGAGCCGCGGACAGACGCUGGCCACUAAUCUCAGCCAGUGACUGACAUCAAGCAACGGAGACACAUUUCAUAACUGGCUGGCGUUGAAAGCAGCCUGUGGACAGAGGCUUGGGUCUCGGAAGGAUUCAGCUCUGAAUGCAUGCUUUUCUCAAAGUGUAUUGUGUGCGUGUAUUAGUAAUGAAUCCAAACAAUAGGCAGUUUGAAGAGGGGAAGUAAGAGCUUGUAAUACACGCUUCCCUUGCGUCUGCUAGCCAACCGGUGGACAUAGGAAAGCUGAAGUCCUGUUUUAUACAGCUGGACACUUUUGAACCGUUUUACUGCUUGACAUUUUUAGCUGUUUACCGACCUAUGUUGAUUAAUUAAAUCCCUCGUUUUAUACUUAACAAUCAGCUUUCGGAUUCUCUCCAGGGACUGCAGGCGCUUCAAACAACUGGUCGUUUUUGGUUCCAUAUUUAUAACUGUGGAUGGAAAACGAUAGAUGUGCAUUUUCCAGGGAAGAGCAGCUUUAUGUGUGACUUUAUAAUCUAAUGAUUUUGUGUUAACCCUGACAGAAGUUUUCGACAACUUCCUGCUUUAGUUUCUCUCGAGUCGGAGUGUUAUUGUCAUAAAGAUUAUGGCAGCCGUUGUAAAUUACUCUCCUCCGUGGUGGGUUAACCUUCUCCACAGACUGCCUCACUUUAAUCUGCAGUUUGAGCAAACCAGCAGUGACUUUCGCCCAGAGGACUCCUCAUACCAGCAGUCCAUCUUGCUGCUGGGCAGUAUAGCUCUAGCAUGCUUGGCCUUGGACCUCCUCUUCCUCCUCAUCUACUGCUGCUGGCUGUGCUGCCGCCGAAAGAAGAGCGAUGAGCAGCCAAACGCAGACUGCUGCUGCACCGCCUGGUGCGUCAUCAUUGCCCACCCUCAUCUGCAGCUCAAAGACAAGGCAAAAUACUCGGAGUGUGUCUUCUUUGAUGCCACCAUGGAAGACUAA